GAAAAAUUUCCCCCGCAUCUGACACUUUCUCUCACAACAACCCCUGAACAGACCAACUCCAUCUCACCACCACCACUCUCCUCUCUCUCGAGUUAUUGCCAAAAGCACCACCGCCACCAUGGGAAACGGAGCCAAAGCCCAGAUGAAGCGUGACCGCAACGCCAAGGAUGCUAACAAGGGCGGGAAGUCGCAGUUGAAGGCCAACGAAGCCGCCAAGGACAUCAUCUGCCAGAUCUGCAGGUCCACCUUCCUCAAGACCGCCAAGGCCCCCGCCCUCACCGAGCAUGCCCAGAACAAGCACAACAAGACCCUCCAGGACUGCUUCCCCGGCUUUGCCUAGAUUCCGACGAUAUACGUGACAUGGGGUGAGGGGUGGUUGGCCCAGACGUGCAUCUGUGUGGGGGAGUUUUUGAGCGUCCGUUUUGGAAUGCAUAUGUUGUUUUUCUUGGGGAUGAGUCCGCAGAAUUGAUACCUU